GUAUAUCCUCUAUCUUGUUUUUAACACAAUCACUUUUUCUCAGCAACUUCUACUCAUUUUUUAAUCUAUAUAUAAACCAGAAACAAAGAAAAAUUCAACAGCAUUCAAAAAUCCCUAAAAUCUUUUUCACUAUACAAAAGCUGAAUUUCCCUUUUUCUCUCUUUCACUUUCCCUUUCACUUUUCAUCGUCACGCUCCGUACAAUGGGUGCUGUCGUCGAGUAUUUACCGCCGCCGCACGAGGAGGAGAUGGCGGUACUGUCUCUUAACAAACUGCCGUUGGGUUUCCGGUUCCGUCCUACCGACGAGGAGCUCGUUGAUUACUACCUUAGGCUUAAGAUCAACGGGAACGGUGAUGAAGUUUGGGUUAUCCGUGAGAUUGAUGUUUGUAAAUGGGAGCCUUGGGAUUUGCCUGAUUUAUCUGUAGUGAGGAACAAGGAUCUGGAGUGGUUCUUCUUCUGUCCGCAGGAUCGUAAGUAUCCAAAUGGGAAUAGGUUGAACCGAGCGACGGAGCAUGGUUAUUGGAAGGCAACGGGUAAGGAUAGGAUGAUUAAGUCUGGACCGACGUUGAUUGGAAUGAAGAAGACUCUUGUUUUCUAUGCCGGUCGUGCUCCCAAGGGGCAGAGGACCCAUUGGGUUAUGCAUGAGUAUAGGCCUAUCUUGAAGGAGCUUGAUGGUACUAACCCUGGACAGAACCCAUACGUCCUCUGUCGCUUGUUUAAGAAGCAGGAUGAGAGUCUCAAUAAUUCAAACUGUGGUGAAGUCGAGCAGACUGCCUCAACUCCCAUGACUGCCAAUUACUCUCCAGAAGAAAUACAGUCUGAUCCAAAUCUGGUUCCUGUAACUUCCUCACAGGCUACAGAGGAUGAUAAGCACCUACCAGAUAUCCCUGAGAACUCUGAGGAAGCAAUAUCCAAUGUUAUAACGCCAUCUGAUUGCUAUAGCGAUGCAUGUAAUGCUGCUGAUGCACAGUAUCAAAUUGUAGAAGUACCGGCUGCAGAGGAGGACCCACUGUUGAACUUUGGCAUAUUUGAUGAGCCACUAUUGGAGCCAUUGGAUGAUAAAUUAUUCUCCCCAGUCCAUGCACAUUUUCCACCAGACUUUUACCAUCAAGCCAACAAUGAAUUAUUUCAAUAUGGUACAAAUAAGACUGAUGUUUCAGACUUUUUCAACUCAGCUGUUAAUUGGGACGAUCUAUGUGAUUCAAUCUAUCUUGAAGAUGAGAACAAUGGACCAUGCAGUGUGUCAGAUGUGGAAAUGGCCAAUAUGACGCAUCUGCAAGCAUCACAUGCUUAUCCCGAGGGGGCUAUUCUGCAAAAUAGCGAUGUAGGAUCGUUUCAGAACAAUUCACAGAUGACAUUUUCAACCGAUUUUAGUAUGGGCCAAAUACCCUCUGUGACCAAUAGCUAUAACCAAUCAGGGAAUUUGGACGCCGUUGUCCAUGGAGACAACACUGGAAUCCGGAUAAGGACUCGACAAGGACAAAAUGAACAGCCAAACAUGAACCCAGUGAUGCAAGCACAAGGUAGUGCCCCAAGGAGAAUACGAUUGGGAGGGUUUGUGACACAUUCCCAUGGUUCUGAGGAGACGACGCAUUCCCUUGGUUCUGAGGAGACGACGCAUUCCCUUGGUUCUGGGGAGAUGACAAAAGAUGAGAGUUGUACACCAGAAUAUGAGCAAUCAAGGAAUUUGGAUCCUGUUGUCAAUGGGGACACUGGUAUCAGGAUAAGAUCUCGACAAGGAAGAAAUGAACAGCCAAACAUGAAUCCAGUGAUGCAAGCACAAGGUAGUGCACCAAGGAGAAUACGUUUGGGAGGAUUUGUGACACAUUCCCUUGAUUCCGAGGAGACAACAAAAGGUGAGAGCUGUGCACCCGAAAACCAUAACUCAAAAACCAUCAUUGCCAGCGAAUCAUCUAUUUCGCAGGAGAGAGAAGCAUCAGAAAACCUUGCUACUGUUGCGAGUAUUUCCGACACUAACGAUGUAGAUGAACCAGAGAAGACGUCUCCGACAGCUGACACAUCAAAGCCAUCCUCGAAUCGUUCAACGUGGUUUUCUGUUCUUGCAGUAUCUGCAGGUGUACUGGUCUCAUCAGUAUUGCUUUUGAAUAUUUGGGGAUAUCUUAGAUUUGAAACUGCUUAUUAGCCGAUAAUUCCUUUGUGUAGAAUUUGCCUCAUUGUAUUUUCUUGUGUGGCAGUUAAGGAAGUGUGUAGGGUCGGCUUUUCCUAUAUUUGUCCAUAAGAACGGUUAUAUAAUAUAUACUUAGUGUGCACUUGUCACCGCAGUAGUAGUAGCAAAAUUAAUACAAUUAUUGAUGCUCUUA